AUGGAUGUCGGUCCUAGUGAACAUCGAUCAGUAACAGCUUCAAACAGAAGACUCCGUGAAUUAGAGAGACGUGGACGUGGACGUGGACGUGGAUGUGGACGUGGACGUGCUCGAGUGCAUGAUGAUGACAUGCACAUUGCCAUGGAUGAUAAUCCUAUACACGGGGCAUCAGUUAUGGAUGAUAUUGCUAUAGAUGAUGACCCUAUCGGUGAUGAUGCUGACAUUGUUGAUGAAGAUAUCCUUACUCAGCCAUUUUCGGGAGGUCCAACUGAUCCAUCAAUCCUUAAAAGUUUUAAAAGUCAUGUUGCCGCAGCUAUUUGGAAUGGUGCUGAUGAAAGGGGACCCUUAAAGUGUCAUAAUCACUCAUCUAAGAUUCGUUCGUGGCCAUGGUGGGAACAAGGAAACAACGGUACAUUUGUAAACAUUGUGGAGAUGUCAGGGCUUGCACAAUUAGCUCGUUGCACAUACCGCUUUGUCAAUAAAAUUGUAGUGUCUAGUUUUGUUGAGAGAUGGCAACCGGAGACAAACACCUUCCAUUUGACUGUUGGAGAGAUGACUAUCACAUUGGACGAUGUCGCCACUAUCCUAGGGCUUCCCAUUGUAGGCAAAUCUAUUAGCGUGCGUAAGUUGUCAGAAAGGCAGGCUGUUACAUUAGUAGUUAAUACCUUGGAAAUUGAUGAGCAAGAAGUCAGACAUGAGAUGUCUACUUCUGGAGGCAAUUCAGUGAGGCUUGAGUGGUUGAGGGCACAGUUUCAUAAUGUCACAGACAAUGAUUAA